GACGGGCGGGCCCAGGGGGGCGGUGGGGAACGCUCGGUCACGCUCGGUCAUCAUUGACCUUCUGCCUCUGGGGUUUCGGCUUCAGCGCUGCGGGGUGAGCUGCGGAGCCGGUCCGGGACUAGUGGGGAAGUCGACAGGCGUAGGAGACCGUCGGUGCUGCGGGCUGUCGGCCGGCCUGGUCGUUACAGGUUGAAACUGUUCGAAAAGAGGCCGCAUUAAGAGACUUGUCUUGAGUGCUGCGCCGUUCCAGGCAAGCAGGGCUGAGAUAUGUGUGCAUGUUUGCUUUAAGAGGAGAAAUGCGGAGGAACUACCGCCGAGGCAAGGAGAGGCGUGGGUGGAGCAGUCACAAGCGAAGCCACCAGCCCCACCGGCACUGGAGAGCCGGUCACAACAACCGCGCCCAAAGUCUAGAACAAGAAGAGCCACAGACCCCUGUGAAUGCAGGUCCCAGCAGCAAUGAGGAUCCUUCUUCAUCCAGUUCAACACAGAACUCUGUAGCACCAGAACUGCCAGGAUUUUAUUAUGACCCAGAAAAGAACCGCUAUUUUCGCCUACUGCCUGGGCAUAAUAACCACAACCCACUCACCAAGGACAGCAUUCAGCACAAGGCAAUGGAGUGCAAAAGACUGAGACUCUUAGAAGAGGAAGAAAAACAGCAUCAGAAAACAACAAGGGCUGGACUGAACUCGUCUGUGCUGUUACAGAAAAGGCAGCUGGGUUCCCUCAGCCCCACAAGUUAUUGCAGGCUAGUCCAUGAACUAAAAGUGAACUGCAUGCAGAGGAGGAAGAUAGAAAUUCACAGUCCGGAUUCCUCAGUUGCUGGAACCAACAAUUUUAAAAUCAUUGUGGCAGAUGUUGCUUGUGAACGAAUAUUCACAGUGAACGAUGUAGAGCAUGGAGGAUGUAAAUAUGGUAUCAUCAAUCUCAGCGGUUUGGGGAAGGAGUCUCUCACUGUGGAGAUGUAUGACAACCUCUACUUCACAAACCGCAAAGUGAACUCUGUGUGCUGGGCAUCACUGACUCAUCCAGAUUCUCAUGUUUUGCUGUGUCUCAUGGGAAUUGCAGAAACACCAGGCUGUGCCAGUCUGCUUCCAGCAUCAUUGUUCAGCAGCACUAACCCAGGAGAUCGACCUGGAAUGCUGUGCAGUUUCAAGAUAUCCACUGCCUGGUCCUGCGCUUGGUGCCUGAAUCCCCAAGCAGACAACUGCUUUAGCACAGGCCUGACACGACGAGUUCUUGUGACCAAUGUAGUGACAGGGCAUCGUCAGACAUUUGGAACCAGUAGUGAUGUGCUGGCACAGCAGUUUGCCACGCAGACCCCAGUGCUGUACAAUGGCUGCCGUUCGGGUGAGAUUUUCAGCAUUGACGUGCGCCAACGUAACCGCAAGGGGCAGAGCUGGAAAGCAAUUCGUCUCUUCCAUGGCUCAGCAGUUACAUCUAUUCACCUUAUGGAGGCUGAACAUUAUCUGAUGGCAGCAGAUAUGGCUGGAAAGAUAAAACUGUGGGACCUGAGAGCAGCGAAGUGUGUGAAACAGUACAAAGGUCACCACAAUGAAUAUGCUCUUCUCCCUUUGCAUGUCAAUGAGGAGGAAGGACUCCUUAUAGCAGUUGGUCAGGAUUGCUACACCCGAAUCUGGAGUCUCCAAGAUACUCAUCUGCUUAGAACCAUCCCUUCUCCCCACCCAUCAUCCAAAGAUGCCAUUCCUAGUGUGGUGUUUUCUUCAAGACUUGGGGGUAGCCGAGGAGUUCCUGGCUUACUCAUGGCUGUCAAACAGGAUCUCUACCACUUCUCCUAUAACUGACAUGUUCUCCUCAGACCGGGUCUACAAAGCUGCCAAUCUAUAUGUGACUUCAGAAUCUUUACACCAGUCACCAAGCUAUUCAGUCAUUAUAUGCUGCUGUUGCAUCUGCUUUGCUCAUCUAAUUGUGAACAUCCUUCAGGAGUUCAGCAAAUCUUGCUGUAUACAUGCAUCUCCGACCUCUUGUAAAUAAAAGCUGAACACUGAUUAACUGUA